UCACCACUGCCCAGCCUGAAUGAUAUUUCCAUCAUGGAGUUGGUUGUGUUAAGGUCUGGGGACCUGCCAAGGUCUAGGCCCCUGUAGAGGCCCUUUAACAGUUGAGCAAUCUCUCCAGCCCUUCAUAUAGUAUUUUAAAUUAGGUAUUGAAUUCAGAGACACACCUGAUACUGCCUUUAGCUUUUUUUUCUUAUGUAGACUUUUCUACAUAAUAAUAAUCCAAGAUAUUUCCUUUUGUUGUGGGAUGUUGAUCCCCAUGCACUAUUGAACUGUUGCUGUCCUAAAACCAGAGUAGCUGUGAUUACUGAUGAGACCCUCACAAGAUUGGACCCACUAACACAUUCCCUUGGAGGGAAGGGAGGACUCAUAAGUGGUCAAGAGACUACCUUCGAGGCCUGGCAGAAGCCCAAGGGAGGAACUGUUGCGGAUAAUCCUUCAUCCACGCACCUAGGCAAACUAUGCAAGAGGCACCAGACUCCCUAUUUCUGGUGAAGGACCAACUUCUCAGACCAACAGCUCCAAGCAAACUGUCCUAUCUUGGCAAGCUGCAAUCGAUGCUGCUAGACAGGCCAAGGCUGCCCAGACCAUGAGCACCUCUGCACCCCCACCUGUAGGAUCUCUCUCCCAAAGAAAACGUCAGCAAUACGCCAAGAGCAAAAAACAGGGUAACUCGUCCAACAGCCGGCCUGCCCGUGCCCUCUUCUGUUUAUCCCUUAAUAACCCCAUCCGAAGAGCCUGCAUUAGUAUAGUGGAAUGGAAACCAUUUGACAUAUUUAUAUUAUUGGCUAUUUUUGCCAAUUGUGUGGCCUUAGCUAUUUACAUCCCAUUCCCUGAAGAUGAUUCUAAUUCAACAAAUCAUAACUUGGAAAAAGUAGAAUAUGCCUUCCUGAUUAUUUUUACAGUGGAGACAUUUCUGAAGAUUAUAGCGUAUGGACUGUUGCUGCAUCCUAAUGCUUAUGUUAGGAAUGGAUGGAAUUUACUGGAUUUUGUUAUAGUAAUAGUAGGGUUGUUUAGUGUAAUUUUGGAACAAUUAACCAAAGAAACAGAAGGCGGGAACCACUCUAGUGGCAAAUCAGGAGGCUUUGAUGUCAAAGCCCUCCGUGCCUUCCGAGUGUUAAGGCCACUUCGACUUGUAUCAGGAGUGCCCAGUUUACAAGUUGUUCUGAACUCCAUUAUAAAAGCCAUGGUCCCCCUCCUUCACAUAGCCCUUUUGGUAUUAUUUGUAAUUAUCAUCUAUGCUAUUAUAGGAUUGGAACUUUUUAUUGGAAAAAUGCACAAAACAUGUUUUUUUGCUGACUCAGAUAUCGUAGCUGAAGAGGACCCAGCUCCAUGUGCGUUCUCAGGGAAUGGACGCCAGUGUACCGCCAAUGGCACGGAGUGUAGGAGUGGCUGGGUUGGCCCCAAUGGAGGCAUCACUAACUUUGAUAACUUUGCCUUUGCCAUGCUCACUGUGUUCCAGUGCAUUACCAUGGAGGGCUGGACAGAUGUGCUCUACUGGGUUAAUGAUGCGAUAGGAUGGGAAUGGCCAUGGGUGUAUUUUGUUAGUCUGAUCAUCCUUGGCUCAUUUUUCGUCCUUAACCUGGUUCUUGGUGUCCUUAGUGGAGAAUUCUCAAAGGAAAGAGAGAAGGCUAAAGCACGUGGAGAUUUCCAGAAGCUUCGGGAGAAGCAGCAGCUAGAAGAGGAUCUCAAGGGCUAUUUGGACUGGAUCACCCAGGCAGAAGACAUAGACCCUGAGAAUGAAGAGGAGGGCGGCGAGGAAGGCAAACGAAACACUAGCAUGCCCACCAGUGAGACUGAAUCUGUGAACACAGAGAACGUAAGUGGUGAAGGCGAGACCCAAGGAUGCUGUGGAACUCUCUGUCAGGCUAUCUCGAAAUCCAAAAUCAGCCGUCGCUGGCGUCGCUGGAACCGGUUCAAUCGAAGGAGAUGCAGGGCUGCUGUGAAGUCUGUCACGUUUUACUGGCUGGUGAUCGUCCUGGUGUUUCUCAACACUUUAACUAUUUCCUCUGAGCACUACAAUCAGCCAGACUGGCUGACACAGAUUCAAGAUAUUGCCAACAAAGUCCUCUUGGCUUUGUUUACCUGUGAGAUGCUGGUGAAGAUGUACAGCCUGGGCCUCCAGGCUUACUUUGUCUCCCUCUUCAACCGCUUUGAUUGCUUUGUGGUGUGUGGAGGGAUCACUGAAACCAUCCUGGUGGAACUGGAGCUCAUGUCUCCCCUGGGGGUCUCUGUGUUCCGGUGUGUGCGCCUCCUGAGGAUCUUCAAAGUGACCAGGCACUGGACUUCCUUGAGCAACUUGGUGGCGUCCUUGUUAAACUCCAUGAAGUCCAUCGCCUCUCUGCUGUUGCUUCUCUUCCUCUUCAUCAUUAUCUUCUCGUUGCUGGGGAUGCAGCUGUUCGGUGGGAAGUUUAAUUUUGAUGAGACUCAGACCAAGCGCAGCACCUUUGACAACUUCCCACAAGCACUCCUGACUGUGUUCCAGAUACUGACAGGCGAAGACUGGAAUGCAGUGAUGUAUGACGGCAUCAUGGCCUACGGAGGCCCGUCCUCUUCCGGAAUGAUUGUCUGUAUCUACUUCAUCAUCCUUUUCAUCUGUGGUAACUAUAUCCUGCUGAACGUCUUCUUGGCCAUCGCUGUAGACAAUUUGGCUGAUGCUGAAAGUCUAAACACUGCUCAGAAAGAGGAAGCUGAAGAAAAGGAAAGGAAAAAAAUUGCCAGAAAAGAAAGCCUAGAAAACAAAAAGAACAACAAACCGGAAGUCAACCAGAUAGCCAACAGUGACAACAAGGUUACAAUUGAUGACUAUCAGGAGGAUGCUGAAGACAAGGACCCUUACCCACCUUGUGAUGUACCAGUAGGUGAAGAGGAAGAGGAGGAGGAAGAGGAUGAGCCCGAAGUUCCUGCUGGUCCCCGUCCUCGCAGAAUCUCAGAGUUGAACAUGAAGGAGAAAAUUGCACCCAUCCCUGAAGGAAGCGCAUUCUUCAUUCUUAGCAAGACCAACCCGAUCCGUGUGGGUUGCCACAAGCUCAUUAACCACCACAUCUUCACCAACCUUAUCCUGGUCUUCAUCAUGCUGAGCAGCGCUGCCCUGGCUGCAGAGGACCCCAUCCGAAGCCACUCAUUCCGCAACACUAUACUGGGCUACUUUGACUAUGCCUUCACAGCCAUCUUUACGGUUGAAAUCCUGUUAAAGAUGACAACCUUUGGAGCGUUCUUGCACAAAGGGGCUUUCUGCAGGAACUACUUCAAUUUGCUGGACAUGCUGGUUGUUGGGGUGUCACUGGUGUCCUUUGGGAUUCAAUCCAGCGCCAUCUCUGUUGUGAAGAUUCUGAGGGUUUUGAGGGUCUUGAGGCCUCUCAGAGCGAUCAACAGAGCAAAAGGACUCAAGCACGUGGUCCAGUGUGUCUUUGUGGCCAUCCGAACCAUUGGCAACAUCAUGAUUGUCACGACCCUGCUCCAAUUCAUGUUUGCAUGCAUUGGGGUCCAGCUGUUCAAGGGGAAGUUCUACCGCUGCACAGACGAAGCCAAAAGUAACCCUGAGGAGUGCAGGGGGCUUUUCAUUCUCUACAAGGACGGUGAUGUCGACAGUCCUGUGGUCCGAGAGAGGAUCUGGCAAAAUAGUGAUUUCAAUUUUGACAAUGUCCUUUCGGCUAUGAUGGCGCUCUUCACGGUCUCGACUUUUGAGGGCUGGCCCGCGUUGCUGUACAAAGCUAUUGACUCAAAUGGAGAGAAUGUUGGUCCUGUCUACAACUACCGUGUGGAGAUCUCCAUCUUCUUCAUCAUCUAUAUCAUCAUCGUUGCCUUCUUCAUGAUGAACAUCUUUGUGGGCUUCGUCAUUGUCACCUUCCAGGAACAGGGAGAAAAAGAGUAUAAGAACUGUGAGCUGGACAAAAAUCAGCGUCAGUGUGUUGAAUAUGCCUUGAAAGCACGUCCCUUAAGGAGAUACAUCCCCAAAAACCCAUACCAGUACAAGUUCUGGUAUGUGGUGAACUCCUCACCUUUCGAAUAUAUGAUGUUCGUCCUCAUCAUGCUCAACACGCUCUGCCUGGCCAUGCAGCACUAUGAGCAAUCCAAGAUGUUCAAUGAUGCCAUGGACAUUCUGAACAUGGUCUUCACAGGGGUCUUCACUGUUGAGAUGGUUUUGAAAGUCAUCGCUUUCAAGCCCAAGGGGUAUUUUAGUGACGCCUGGAACACGUUUGACUCCCUCAUCGUAAUCGGCAGCAUUAUAGACGUGGCCCUCAGCGAAGCUGACCACUAUUUCACUGAUGCAUGGAACACUUUUGAUGCCUUAAUUGUUGUUGGUAGCGUCGUUGAUAUUGCUAUAACUGAAGUGAAUCCAUCUGAAAGUGAGAAUAUCCCUCUCCCAACUGCCACACCUGGGAACUCUGAAGAGAGCAAUAGAAUCUCCAUCACCUUUUUCCGUCUUUUCCGAGUGAUGCGGUUGGUGAAGCUUCUCAGCAGGGGGGAAGGCAUCCGGACACUGCUGUGGACCUUCAUUAAGUCCUUUCAGGCACUUCCGUAUGUCGCCCUCCUCAUUGCCAUGCUCUUCUUCAUCUACGCGGUCAUUGGCAUGCAGAUGUUUGGGAAAGUUGCCAUGAGAGAUAACAACCAGAUCAAUAGGAACAACAAUUUCCAGACGUUUCCUCAGGCAGUGCUACUGCUCUUCAGGUGUGCAACAGGGGAGGCCUGGCAGGAGAUCAUGCUUGCCUGCCUCCCGGGGAAGCUCUGUGACCCCGACUCAGAUUACAACCCGGGGGAGGAAUACACUUGUGGGAGCAACUUCGCCAUUGUCUACUUCAUCAGCUUUUACAUGCUCUGUGCAUUCCUGAUCAUCAACCUCUUUGUGGCUGUCAUCAUGGACAAUUUUGACUAUCUGACUCGGGACUGGUCUAUCCUGGGGCCUCACCACUUGGACGAAUUCAAAAGAAUAUGGUCAGAAUAUGACCCUGAAGCAAAGGGAAGGAUAAAACACCUUGAUGUGGUCACUCUGCUCCGACGGAUCCAGCCUCCCCUGGGGUUUGGAAAGUUAUGUCCACACCGAGUAGCGUGUAAGAGAUUGGUUGCCAUGAACAUGCCUCUCAACAGUGACGGGACAGUCAUGUUCAAUGCAACCCUGUUUGCUUUGGUCCGGACAGCUCUCAAGAUCAAGACUGAAGGGAACCUGGAGCAAGCUAACGAAGAACUCCGAGCUGUGAUAAAGAAAAUCUGGAAGAAGACAAGCAUGAAGCUACUUGACCAAGUUGUCCCUCCAGCUGGUGAUGAUGAGGUAACCGUGGGGAAGUUCUAUGCCACUUUCCUGAUACAGGACUACUUUAGGAAAUUCAAGAAACGGAAAGAGCAAGGACUGGUGGGGAAGUACCCUGCGAAGAACACUACGAUUGCCCUACAGGCGGGAUUAAGGACCCUGCAUGACAUUGGGCCAGAAAUAAGACGGGCUAUAUCCUGUGACUUGCAAGAUGAUGAGCCAGAAGAAUCCAAACCAGAAGAAGAAGAUGUAUUCAAAAGAAAUGGUGCCCUGCUUGGAAACCAUGUCAAUCAUGUUAAUAGUGAUAGGAGGGAUUCCCUUCAGCAGACCAAUACCACCCACCGUCCCCUGCAUGUCCAAAGGCCUUCAGUUCCACCUGCAAGGGAUACUGAGAAACCGCUGUUUCCUCCAGCAGGAAAUUCGGUGUGUCAUAACCAUCAUAACCAUAAUUCCAUAGGGAAGCAAGUUCCCACCUCAACCAAUGCCAAUCUCAAUAAUGCCAAUAUGUCCAAAGCUGCCCACGGAAAGCGGCCCAGCAUUGGGAACCUUGAGCAUGUGUCUGAAAAUGGGCAUUACUCCUACAAGCACGACCGAGAGCUUCAAAGAAGGUCCAGUAUUAAAAGAACCCGCUAUUAUGAGACUUACAUUAGGUCGGAGUCAGGAGAUGAGCAGCUUCCAACCAUUUGCCGUGAAGACCCUGAGAUACACGGCUACUUCCGAGACCCCCGCUGCUUGGGGGAACAGGAGUAUUUCAGUAGUGAGGAGUGCUGUGAGGAUGACAGCUCUCCCACCUGGAGCAGGCAAAACUACAGCUAUUACAACAGGUACCCAGGCAGCUCCAUGGACUUUGAGAGGCCCCGAGGCUACCAUCACCCCCAAGGUUUCUUAGAAGACGACGACUCUCCCAUUGGCUAUGAUUCACGGAGAUCUCCGAGGAGACGCCUUCUACCUCCUACCCCACCAUCCCAUCGGAGGUCCUCCUUCAACUUUGAGUGUCUGCGCAGGCAAAGCAGCCAAGAUGACGUCCUUCCAUCGCCUGCCCUGCCUCACCGAGCUGCCCUGCCCCUGCACCUGAUGCAGCAGCAGAUCAUGGCAGUUGCAGGCCUAGAUUCCAGUAAAGCCCAGAAGUACUCACCGAGUCACUCUACCCGGUCAUGGGCCACCCCUCCAGCAACCCCUCCGUCCCGAGACUGGAGCCCAUGCUACACCCCUUUGAUCCAGGUGGACCGCUCAGAGUCUAUGGACCAGGUCAAUGGCAGCCUGCCAUCCCUGCACCGCAGUUCCUGGUACACAGAUGAACCCGACAUCUCCUAUAGGACUUUCACACCAGCCAGCCUGACUGUCCCCAGCAGCUUCAGGAACAAAAACAGCGACAAGCAGAGGAGUGCAGACAGCCUGGUGGAGGCAGUCCUGAUAUCUGAAGGCUUGGGACGCUAUGCAAGGGACCCCAAAUUUGUCUCAGCAACAAAACAUGAAAUUGCCGAUGCCUGUGACCUAACCAUCGACGAGAUGGAAAGUGCAGCCAGCACCCUGCUCAAUGGCAGUGUGUGUCCUCGAGCCAAUGGGGACAUGGGCCCCAUCUCACACCGCCAGGACUAUGAGCUCCAGGACUUUGGUCCUGGCUACAGUGACGAGGAGCCAGAUCCUGGGCGAGAGGAAGAGGACCUGGCAGACGAAAUGAUUUGCAUUACCACCUUGUAGCCCAGUGAGAGCAGGCUGGCUCCAGCCUGAGACAUGCACGGGAGGGCCAGGGAUAAAGUGCCUCAUAAUUAGGAAAGUUUAGGCACUAGUUGGGAGAAAAAUGCUCAAUUAGACUUUUGUACAAGUGAUUUCAUGCCUCAAGGAAGCCAUAAACCUGGUAGGAGCAGGUUCUGAGCGGCCAGGCAUGUGCUAUGCCACAUGCUCGGGCCCAGCCUCAGAAGACAGUAUGUCUGGCCCCGGAGACGAUGGGCGAGAACGGCAGCCUGGCCUGCACUGAGGCCAGAGGGCUGCCCAGGAGUCCGUGUCUCCCACCCAGGGUGCAUGCCCAUGCCCCUUCGCCUGCAGACACGCGAGAGGUUAAAGGUGAGGACAAUCACCACGCCUGUGUCAUUACCUCAACCAUCGGUCUAGCAUAUCAGACACUCACUGGGCCCGGCAUAUCCAUUUCUGAGCCCCCUCCCCCAACAUACUGGUUCCUGAUAUCUGUGCAGCUGUUCUGAAUGGUAACGUCAGAACCCAGACACUAGUGGUCACAACAAGGGGAGUGGGACCGGACCGUUUUCUGUUAAGCGAUGCCAGUUUACAUAAGAGAACAUCACUCAGACGGUCAGUUCUGUCACAUUAAGGGCAACUGUAAACUGGAAGAGUACCGCACUUGCAAACCAGGUAAAACUUAGAUACGCUAGUUUGUUUAAAAAUUAUAGAUUUACUGUACAUGACUUGUAAUAUACAAUUUGUAUUUGUAAAGAGAUGGUCUAUAUUUUGUAAUUAUCGUACCGUAUUUGAACUGCAGCAAUAUCCACGGGUCCUAACAAAAUCGUAGUUUCCCACCAAAACCUAGAAAUUAUUAGUAUUUUUACUUGGGCUAAACAGAAUUAGGAGAAUUAGAGCCAAUUCUCACAUAUUCAGUAAAAGAAUCUUUUGGGGAGUUCACAAGAACUUGGCACUUAAGAACUUUUUCUAAAAUAUUUUGAGUUACUAUAAACCUAUCUUUACGUAAGAUA